AUGGCAGAGGGACAUUAUAAUCUAUCGAUUGCUCUUUAUAAGCCCAAGAACGAUGGAUCCCCCUGGUUCAAUGGUAAAUGGACAAAAGUCGCGAACUAUAGCAUCUUAUUAGCUCAAUACGAAGUCUUCGAUAUCCGCACCCCCGCUGAAUUGAUCAAGAAUCUCGAACCCUCAUGUCGGGAGCUACAACAACUACUUAAAUCCAAGGCCCAGUAUACUCCUCGACUUGCAUCAACAGCAAACGAGAGAAUGGCUGAAUUUUUAUCGGAUACGGUACUUCAAGAAGGAUUCGAGAAUCUGCUUCUAAAUCUAGAAGUCGAUAAGAAGAAGCUCCGAGAAAAUCCUAAUCCGCAAUACAAAUUGCAUAUUUGUUUUGGGAAAUAUCCCGAAUUAGAAAGCAACGGUGAAUCACUAAGUGACAUUGAAUCACCAAGCGACAGUGAAUCACAAGAUGAUUAUGAGCGUACAAUCAAUAUCAGUGAUCAAAUCUCAGAUAAUGACAUCGACUAUUCUACCGAUACUACCAACCGUGCCUUCCCCCCAGUCGAUUUUUAUCCUCAAUCUGAUGCAUUGAAAAGAAGACGUGCUUCAUCAGCUACCUCAUUCCUAGUGUCUAAGCCAAAGAAGAAGACCCAAACACAAUAUAAUGGUAGCGCCGGUAUCACCAUUAAGAAAGAGAAGAAAGCCGAUCCCAUCAUUAAGAAAGAGAAGGAACCGUUUGGAAUUGCACAUACUCAAACUAGCCAUAAUGUAAUCAGUAUCUCUAGUGAUGAUGAAGCAAUAUCUGAUAAUAAUGAUGAAGCACUUAGUGAGGCGUUCCGUCUUUUAAAGGACGUCGUGAGACGGGCGAAGAAGAAGUCGAGUCUAGCGGAGAGUCUGGAUAAUGGAUUGAAAGUUAAGUGUGAGCUAGAGGAAGAAGCUAAUCUAUUGGCAGUACCUGUCGAGGAUGCUAGUCUAUUAAAAGAGCCAGCAGAGCAAUCCGAUCUGUUAGCAGUGGCUGCCGAGGAAUCUAGUCUAUUAUUAGCUCAGGAUGGACCAGCAUCCAACACUCGGAGACGGCAUGGCAAGUUGUUCCCUAAGAAACAUUUCCUUUGA